GCCGCCUUGACGUCAGUUGGUGAUCGGAAAUAUUUUCGCUAAUAUUAAAAGUUAAAUUGUGAAUUGAAACGUUAUCAGUGUAAGAAAUAAAUACAUGAAAUUCAAAUUACCAGAGUCACCGAGGACAACAACUUUUACUUUCUCAAUUGCUGCCAUUUCCAGUUACAAUGACUGAAGAGCGUCUAGUAACGGAAGUACCUAGCAGCUUGAAACAGCUCGCCCGGCUUGUGGUGCGAGGCUUCUACACGAUAGAAGAUGCUUUAAUAGUGGACAUGCUUGUUCGAAACCCAUGUAUGAAAGAAGACGACAUUUGCGAACUCCUAAAGUUUGAAAGGAAGAUGUUAAGGGCUAGAAUCGCAACUUUGAAAAAUGACAAAUUCAUACAAGUGAGGCUAAAAAUGGAAACAGGUCCGGAUGGCAAAGCACAAAAGGUGAACUACUAUUUUAUAAACUACAAAACGUUUGUGAACGUGGUGAAGUACAAAUUGGAUCUGAUGCGCAAGCGCAUGGAGACAGAGGAGCGAGACGCCGCUAGUCGCGCCAGCUUCAAGUGCCCGUCUUGCGCCAAAACAUUCACAGAUCUGGAGGCUGAUCAGCUUUACGACAUGAUGACCCAAGAAUUCCGAUGUACGUUCUGUAAUGACGUGGUAGAAGAGGACCAGUCGGCGCUACCAAAGAAAGACUCGAGGCUUCUACUGGCGAAGUUCAACGAACAACUGGAAACACUGUACAUUCUACUGAGGGAAGUGGAAGGAAUCAAGUUGGCGCCGGAGAUAUUAGAACCAGAACCAGUGGAUAUUAACACUAUACGAGGCCUCACAACAAAGGCGGCGGGUGGUAGAGCAGGCAACGAGCAAUGGUCGGGUGACGCGACGCGCGGCUCCGGGCUGGCGGUGGAGGAGACGAGAGUCGACAUCACGAUCGGCGACGCCCCCGCUGCUAGCGACGCCGCGCGGAAGGAACGACCAGUCUGGAUGAUGGAGAGCACCGUUGUUAAUGAACAGAGCGACAGCGUACAUUCAACGGACGCGGCGCUGGAGAAGGCGGCGAACAACGCGACGAGCGCCAAGACCACGGGCAAAGACAAGAACGACGACAUUAUGUCCGUCCUGCUCGCACACGAGAAACAGAACCCCGGCAAUAAUACGGCUGCAGCCCUUAAGGGAAUUGAAAAGGACAGCUCAGACUCCAGUGACGACGAGUCUAAAGACCCUUACAAGCUCAAAGAUGAAAUGGCGGCUGUUGCGGAAAUGGAGAGCGAAGACUCCGAGUCUGACGACAACGCGCCCACCGUGCUCGUGAACGGCAAGCCCGUGCCAAUCACGAGCGUGGACGAUGACGUCAUCGCGCGCAUGACACCCGCCGAGAAGGAGACCUACAUACAGGUGUAUCAGGAGUACUACAGCCAUAUGUACGAUUGAGGUUAGAAUAAACGUUAUUUGUAUUA